AUGAACUUUGCACCUGUGCAUUUCGGAAAUGCGUUGCUGAGUCGGUCCGUGCCCGAGUGGAGGCACUACAAUAUGGAUUACGACGAGCUGAGGAGGCACAUUUUGCGUUUGGAGAAUGAUGAUUCCGGGGCCGUUUCGGAGUCAACCGCGAGUGAGCUGGUGCAGCUGUUCGAGGCGCAGUUCCAGAUUAUUAACGCGUUCACGGCUUUGAAGGUCAAAGAGAUUGCAUUGCGGAUUGUUUCUGUGGAAACGUCUCUCAUCAGGUAUAACUCUACGAUAGAGGAGAACUCGCUGCCGUAUAACAGAAAGAAACUCAAAAUGAUACGGUCACACACCAAGAGACUGAACAAGGAACUGAAACUUUUUUCCAGGUAUAUCGUUUUACAGCGUGUGGCUGUGAAGAAACUGCUGCAGAAACUAAGAAACUGCAGGGGCAACUGUGAAGAACUUAUCCAAACUAUAUUGCAUUUACAAGAAUCACAGCAGGGGUACGAGGGGAUCUCAUUCCAAAGGAUAGACCUGGAUCCGUACUUGUUCGAAAUAUCUCUCAUCUUUGACAUACUGGCAGAUAUGUUCAAGAAACUGGAGCAUAAUCAACUUAACCUUGCAUAUCUGUCCGAGGUGGACGGAGUGUUGAGUCCCGAGACACGGUUUCAACCAUUGUCCGGCUCGCAGCAGUUUGACUCCCAAAGUUCAUCCACGUUGAAUAUAAAAUCCAUCUUGGAAUUCGAUACCAUUUUCAUAUCAGAGGGUGAGUCUCUUCAAAAGUUUAUAUUGUCGCCAGAGGAUCCCGGUGAAUUUAAGUUUUACUUACUCUCGUCAGACUUCCAAUUACUGGACGAUAGCGUAAUGUCAACGACAAAGGAUAUCAUUGAAAAUAUUGUACCAUCUGCAUCCACGGAUCCAAGAAAGGCGCUGGCAAUAAAAAAGUCAGUGAAAUCUUUGCGGUCCUUCAAAGAAAUACCAAACGUGCCAUCGUUCACCUCAUUGGCAAGCAUUCCACUUGGUAACGACACUAGUUCCCUGAGCGCAGUUCAAAAUAGCGGACCCAGCAGUUCUUCUGCAAAUCCAUUCUCCACCCGUAUACAGAUACAGCUUUUGAGCUCCCCUGACGCAGAUAUAUCUGCAGCACUCAGUGACCUAGCUUUUAAUAGACAUCCGAAUUUAACCAUCACAAACGGCGAUGACGAAAAGGAUGAUGCAAUUGCAAUGUGUCAUGUAGGAGGCCUGAGGGAUCACUGCAUUACUAAUCAUCUCACGAGAACACAAUUGAGGGAUAUCAUGCUCGGUAAUGGUGCUGUCCCGCAGCUGGAUCUUAGCACACUUCCUCCCAUAGAGAAGUCGAUCGCCGAUUGGAUCAAAACUCGCCAACUCGCUUCGGUACCACCUUUGAUAGACUUGAAACGGACUCGAUUUGUUUCAUAUACGGAUACCGGUGCCUAUUUACUGUCUCUUGAUGAGGACAUAACUUUGGAGAAGGGACAACAAAUUCCAUACUCGUUUUUUGAACUUGUAUUCAUACCGAACGAUCAAGCAAGUAGUAACCACACUGCGCGGCCCUUUGAUAAGACAAAGGACAAGACUCUCAAGAAAAUAUGCGAGCGCUUGAUAGAAAACCAACAGAUAUGCUACCCGCUACCUGACCAUAAUACCAUAUGGGCAUUUUGUUUCGAAAUGUCCCAAACAGAUUUCAAUCCAGAUGAUAUUGUAAGGCUCUUGCUCAAGAACGAAUAUGUUCUCCAGCCGGGGGACAACCUCAGCAUACAAGAGAUGUUCCAAUUAGGUAGGUCCACAAUUUUUGAGAUGUGUUCUACACAGUUUAAAUUGAAAAACUCCAAUCUGGCAACAGAGAACGAAUAUUUACCAAGGGAGAGCAGUGAGGAAACCCAAACUAAAACCAAUGAACAAGGUGAAAAUAGGAUUCGGUAUUGGAACGAAUUUGAUGACGGAGAUGAAAGUAUUCGUAAUGACAAUUUUUACAUGGUUGGAGAUGAUGGGUCAUCGACUUUGACUUCGGACAAUAACGAUCAUGGAUUCAUAAAGUUCAACAGGAACUUUAUUAAUUCAAUGUACAAUACAUGCGAGAGUUUAAAGGGAUUCUUACAUCUGGACGCUAAAUCGGACCAUCGUUCUCAGUCCUCCCGAUAUGGCUCCACUCUUUCGGUCGACACGAACUCAUCGCAGCAGCGGGAUCUGCAGCGUCUUCUCGAGUAUGAAGAUCAGGGUUCAGAAAGUGUUUAUGAAUUCAAGCACGACGAAAUGGUUUCAUAUUUUUAUCUUUCCGUCCUACUUACUUCAUGUCUGACUUCGGGAAUCUCCUUGGGGAUCGUGCUGUCAGUGUUUAGGAACGAUUCUCAAAACGUUGAACUUGAGCAGCGGUCACUCCUUGUGUUCAUCAUGGUUAUAUCAUUGGUUACAUCACUUUUGUUGAUAUGUGUUGGACUGCUCCUACUUUUUAGUAGAUUUACAUUAGCUCCAACCUGGCACUACGUUUCGUGUUUCAGUUUAUUCGGCAUAAUUACUGUAACUGUUUGUUAUGGGAUAAUCGAGAUAUUUUUUUAG